AGGAUACGUGUCCUGGCCUGGGCAGUGUGUUUCAGUGGGGUUUCUGGGGCCAGCCCGGCCAGGUAAUAGAAUGUUUGAAGAGUUGUACGCACAGAUUUUCUCAGCUAUCUGCAUAACCACUUCCCCUAUUAAAGUGGAUUCUACGCCAGAGCGGGAUUCCCCACUCAUUUUUCCCAUGACACCUGCACUUGUUUUUCUGUUUCCAGUAUCGGUCUUAGCUUAGGUGAUCCUCAUUGUCAAACACUGCUCAUAUGCAGGAAUAGUCCCAAAAGUGCAAACCACACCCAUCUGGCACUUCAGGCAGGCUUAAUCAAAUGCUCAACCUAUUUGAAAGAAAUCAAAUACUAUUUGAAGUUACUCCACACUUAGCUUUGCUUAUUGUGAAUUUACCAGCAAUUAGCUAUUCUUGUAGUUUAUCAAUAGCAUUAGGGACAUAUAAGUAAUACGAUGUCAGUGCACUGAAGUGCCUAUAGUACUGUGUUCAUAAUAUAACCAUGCUUUCUCAUUAUAGCAAUGUAGCAAAGGUGCAAUUUCUUUCUCUCCUACUCCACUCACUGAAUCCCCCUCCAUACACUUUCCCUUACUCCUUAAGAGGAGAGCUGAUGUCACAGGGAGGGGGCGGUCUGCCUGUGUCUAUAAGUACAGGCACCACAGAGGGAAUCUCUAUAUGAAGGGAAGCUAACCCUAGCUGAGCUGUGCUGACACUGUAGGAGAGCAAACACCAAACUAAUGUAGCUUUUAGUGCGCUCGCACAGAACUAUGGAUCGGUUCAGAUGAAUGAAUAGGUAAGCUGACAGAUCAACAGACUUCUCUCCUCUCUGGACUCGCGUGCAGGUUCUGGACAGUAUAUCGUCACAGCCACCAGGUUUCUAUUCUCCAUCUAACGACAUCUGAUUGUAAUUUUGGGAAGUACGCUUUCAGGAUGUUUUCUCUGGUUAGUUUGCGAAGGACUGUUUCUACCCUGUUCGUUCUCCUCUCCAGUGCUGCUGUCAUGGUGGAGAGUGACUGUCCUGCCCAGUGCUCAUGUGGCCCAUCACCCCCAUUGUGCCCAGUGGGCGUUAGCUGGGUGACAGACGCCUGUGGUUGCUGUAAGGUGUGUGCCAGGCAGUUCAACCAGGACUGCAGCCCCAGCCAGCCCUGUGACCACAUCAAGGGUCUGCACUGCCACCUGGGGGCUGGGGGAAACCCAGAGAGAGGCCUGUGCCGAGCGGAGGCCAAGGGCCGGUCCUGCGAAUUCAGCGGGCGUGUUUACCAGCAUGGCGAGGACUUCCAGCCCAGCUGCCAGCACCAGUGCAGCUGCAUGGACGGGGUGGUGGGCUGCAUGCCACUCUGCCCCCACCAGGUGUCCCUGCCCGACUGGCGCUGCUCCCGACCAAGGCUGGCACGGCCCUUGGGCCGCUGCUGUGCGGAGUGGGUCUGUGACGACAACAACCACAUCAGUGAGGACCCAGAGGAACCUCCACAGGCAGCCCUGCCCAACCCACAAACCCUCCCAAACCACAUCAACAAUCAGCUCCAGGAACAGCCACACUAUCAGGCCAGCACUGGAGUCACCUUUAGAGAGGUGGUGCCCCUCCCCAGGUCCCAGGUGUCGCUAAGCGCCAGAUGCUUCCCGCAGACCACUGAUUGGACGGAAUGUUCCACUACCUGUGGGAUGGGCAUCUCCAGUCGGGUGACCAAUAACAACGCAGACUGCCGGCUUGUCAGAGAGACACGACUGUGUCAAGUCCGCCAAUGUGACCUGCGACUUACCCCAGCAAUCAAGAGGGGAAAGAAGUGCCAGCGUUCAGUGCGCCCUCAGGAGCCAAUCAGCAUCAACUUUGCUGGCUGCUACACAGCACGGCACUAUCGACCUCGCAGCUGCGGCUCCUGUGCGGACAGACGAUGCUGCACCCCUUCACUGACCCGCACCGUCCGCCUGCGCUUCCACUGUCCCGACGGAGAGGGCUUCACACGCAACGUCAUGUGGAUCCAGCGCUGCAGCUGCAAGAAGAGCUGCACCAAUCACGGCUCUCCCUCAAGGCCCUCUGUCAGCCUACACAAUGACAUCCACACCUUCAGGCACUGAGUCAGGAUUAGGAGGAUGCCCAACCCUAGCCUCGACACACUGGAUAGGGCUAGGGCAUGCUAGUCUCUCCCCAUCUUCCAUACGCCCUCUGCCCACAGAUAGCCCUGCCUUUCAGCCCCUUCCUGGACACCAGUGUGGCUGGCAGCCUCUCCCCGCCUGCACCAGCGCCAGACUAUGGGAGAGAGAGCUAGGUGGCCGCUCCCCCCAACCAUGCAGAACCAUUGCUUGCACUUUAAGCUUCCUGACACGUUGCCCCCAGUUAUCCAACAUGAGAGAUGCGUAGCUAUUUGGUGCAACUCUCUGCGGCUAGGUCCAGUCCCCCUUCCCUGCUGAUGACCCAGCCACGGAACUGUUCCGGUGGAGGAAGGGACAGCACUGAGCACAACAGACUAGAUGGCCUGAUGUCACUUUCUUGAUGUCAUGUUGGACUUGUGGGUGAAAUAUGUAAAUGAAUCCUCUGCUUUUCACCCUUUUAUUAUUAAUUAUUUUUAUUUGUUAACAUUGUCAAGUCCCUCUAUAACCACAGUGGGGGGAAAAGAAAGGAACUUGUAUGCAUGUAUAUGAGGGACAUAUUACUUUUUGUCAUAAUGUGUAAAGAUGUGAUGAGCGAUGACCAUAGGUAAUCCCAUACAUUAAUGUAUGAUGAAGUGUUUUGUCUGAUACAUUGAUGGUCGAAUGAGGACAGGACGUCAUCAAUGAUUGUACCUGUAUGUUACAUGUUGUAAAGUGAAGUGUUUGUGUGUGUGUGAGAGAAUGAAAGGGUGAGAAAACAGAGUGUUUACAUGUGUGUGUGUUUGUCAUAUUACAGAGUAUAGUGUACAGACUUCACUCUUUGUUGAGUGGCAAUUUAUACAGAUCACCUCAUUUUCCGGGGUGUGUUUUUAUUGCCUCAUAGUAUGGAUACUUUCUUAUACUGGAGGGAAGAUUUUAUUAUAUAUAUAUUUAAGAUUUAUAUAUUGUUUGAAUUCUUAUCAAUAAUUCUCUGAUACAUCAAAUAAAACCUUCAACACGU